AAUAUCACUACAAACUAGUUCAAGUUCAGUGCUUUAUAUAAAAGACAGUGGUCGGAUUUGCAAUUUUUCAUUUGUUUUGUGAAAAUCAAAUCAUUGUGGUCGAUUGAUUGAGUGGUCGAGUUUGUGUUUAAGUUUCAAUAUUGGUUUUUGGGAUUGAAACUGUGCGAGAGAAUAUUUACGUAAUUUGUCCAACGAAACUUGGGAUAUAAGAUGAAAGUUCUGACAACUUUAACGCUGCUAGGUGCUAUCACAUUCGCUAAUGCAACGACUUCCGAUUUGAUGGUAUCAGAGUCCCGGAAGAAUGUUCGUCAAUCGAGUUCACCUUCACCACUAAAUUCAAUAGCAUCCAGUCAAGAUGGACAAGCGAAACAACAAUCUCAGUUGCAAAAUCAGCAACCGUCACAACAGUUGUACAACAUAAAACAAGAUUAUAGCAAUACCGGCCAACCGCACAGUACAGUUUACAAUCACAUCCAGUCGGCUGCGGCGCCUUCAUCGACACCACAGAACGGCUAUAUCAUUUCGGUGAAUGGACAGCAAGCAGCUGGACCAACUCCAGUUCUUAUGCAGUAUCUGCCUCAAAAUCAACAAUCCGGUGGCAUACAAUACUUACAACUGAUUCCCACAAGACCAUUAAUUGUUCCAAUCAGCCCAUACAUAACUCAGUUACCACAGUAUAAUGGACAGCCGACUACACAACCAACAUCCGCCCAAUAUGCAUCCGCGUCAUCAACAUAUGGACCCGCACAGCCGGCAUAUGGAGCCGUCCAAUCGACAUAUGCGCCCACACAAUCAACAUAUGGAACACAAUCGUCACCAUCAUCUUCCCACAAUUACCAGUCGUAUCAAAAUCCAAUUGGUGGUUAUUCAUCGCCGGUCGUUUCUUACUUUCGACCGCAUGCGGGUAUUCAGUUAGUCGAUUCGCCAGUCGAUAUGAGCUUGAACACAAAUGAGUACAUUCCGAUUCAGUCGGAAAACGCUUACAAAAUGAGACGGGCGUAAUUGCAUAACAAUACUCUCACAAAGUGAAACUAUAGUCUGAUAAUCAAGCCUUACAGUCGUAUAUUAGAUAGUCCCCUAAAGAGAUUAUGAAGUGAGCAUUUCCACUCCACUCUGUAAUUUAUUCGGUUUGCCCUCGAAAUGUUAAUUAAAUCUUGUUUGUGUUAUUACUGGCGAUUAAUUUUAUUUCCUUGUUUGUUGUUAAAUAAACCGAAUUGUUUUGUUGUUAA